GAGAGACAAAGAGACGUGGGCACCAGCACUGCCCUGCUCGGCCGCCGGGGCUCCCGUCGCAGCUUCCGGGGCAAUGGCCUGGUCCCCGCGCGACCCCCCUCUCGGGAGCGCAGCUCUCUCCAUCUGACCGCCUCCAUCCCCUUCCCGUUCCGGGCUCUCCCUUCCCUCGCAGCCCUGGCUCCAGUCUCUCUGUCCAUCUGUCCUGGUGCGCAACCUCGGGCCACCGGCUUGGAUGGAUGCGCGGAAGCUGCCCGUGCGUCCAGGGGUCUUGCUUUCGAAGUUGGUCCUGUUCUUCGCCUACGCAGAUGAUUGCCUUGCUCAGUGUGGCAAUGACUGCAGAUCUUACUGCUGUGACGGGACCACGCCUUACUGUUGCUCCUACUACGCCUAUAUUGGGAAUAUCCUCUCGGGCACGGCAAUUGCUGGCAUCGUGUUUGGAAUUGUAUUUAUCAUGGGUGUCAUUGCUGGAAUCGCCAUAUGCAUCUGCAUGUGCACGAAAAACAGCCGCGGGACCAGGGUGGGGGUCAUCCGGACCGGUCACCUCAGUGCCGCCACCUCCUGUCCUGUCCCACCGCCCCCCUAUAAUUAUGACCAUGAGAUGGAAUACCGUGCAGAAUUGCCUCCUCCCUACUCCCUGACACCACAACCUUCAGCCCAGCGUUCUCCACCCCCUCCUUAUCCUGGAAAUUCCCAGAAACAAUCCUCCCGGAACAGAAUAUGUGCCAAUCUGAGAUCUUUCCCGGAGUAAAACACCUACUCAAAAACAGAUAGGAUUUCUCUAAGAAAUACUGUUUGGGGUCAAACAAUAUAUCAAGUGGAAUGUUCAGGCUAAGAAAUACGGGGAUUUUACCCCUCACAGAGCUGACCGCAUCUGGAGUUAUUAUGUUUGGUUUGAUUAGACAACAUUUGAAGAGAUCUGCUGAUCAACGAAAACACAUUCAGAGAAGAGUAAUGAGAUAGACAAAAUGUCUGAAAAGCAUGUUGCUUAAGGAAAUUGCACUACUGCUCCUGGAAAAGAGAAGAUUAAUGUAAGACAGGAAAAUAGCCACUAUGUUCUAUAUUCUAUGUAGCUUUAAAAGUCAGAACUAGAAUUGUUCAUUCCUUCAUUCAUCAAUAAAUGCAGAUCAAGCGCAUAAGAACCUACUCUGUGCCUUAUACUGUUUGAAGCCCUGGAUGGAAGUUGCAGGACCUUUGAUUUCAGUAUAAGAACAGGGAACUUUGAUUUCAGUAUAAUAAAGAGCAAUUGGAGAUUUUGUGAAGUGCUCUGGUACCAAGACUUCAAUGAGAACCUGUGCUGACUGUCGGGUAGUGACAUGCUCUAGAAGGGAUAGCUGAAUCAAAUGGCAGAAUGGUCCACCGGGCACUCAAAAGCUCUGCUCAUGUUUUAGGUAGGUAUGGGGUAAAUUUUUGUGCCUCCAAGAAUGAAUACAACUGGAGUUAACUGGAGAGUUAAACAGGAUCAAAGGAAUUCAAUAGCACCUUGAAGCCAAGAACUCUUCAAUGCUAGCUUCUGCCACCUAAAAAUCAUCUGAUUUUAAUUAGAGUAUUAUGACAAGGUUAUUCCUUAUUCCAACUGGGGGGAAAAUAAUUGUGUCAAGUUCCAUAAGCAACAGAUUCUUCACUCCAGAUUAAAAGAGAUUAGAAGCCAAAUAGUCCCACGGGAUUUUAUAUCAGGGAGUAAAAAAUCUCAGGACUUGACCAUGAAGAUACAUAAGUUUAUAAAAGAAGAGGGAAAUAUGAAGUUUGGAUUCUGUUCCAUGUAAUUCCAUUCAUAGGUAGCUUAGACAAAUUUCUGUUUCUCUUUUGUGAUAUUUUGGUAAUCUGUUCCCUUGAAAAAAUUAUAAUUAAUGGAAAGGUUAAGAUAUCAAAUUGUUGCCUUUUGCCAAAAUCCAAAUGUUAUGAAGUGCCUCUUUCGAUGCAAAAGUUGUUAAUAAAUAGUUCUAAUAUGCUACAUUUUGCUGUAAGUGACCUUAACAUUUAUAUUUUUAUGUUGGUCCUUUUCAUGUAUUUAAAAUUUACAUUGAAAAAAUUUUGGAAAUAGAUGAUGAAAUUUUUGUAUCACUUGCAAUUAAAUCUAAAAUUUUGAAUCCAAAAUCAUUAUGAUUCAGUGAACUCCCAAAACAAUGCUAAGAAUUUUACUGAAUAAAACAAUUAAAAGAAAUAUCUUAAGGUAUAUAGUGUCUAUAUUUGUAGAUAGGAAAUUUAGUAGCUAAUACAACAAGCAAAUUCUACUUUCAAAUAUAUGGAUCUGACUGAAAUAUGGUUUCACUGCCAGUGAGAUCUAAAAUCUAGAUUUGUUUUGAAGGACUUACUUGAUUUUCCUGAUUUUUUUUUUUUAAUGAAGAUGCAAUGCAUUCAAGAGUUCCAGCCUAUUCUAAUGACUGAGAUUUUAGCACAAUUUUAACAGUGCUUUAAUGUAUUUCUCUUCUGAAAGUGUGAUCAGACCCAAUUACACCAUAGCUAUGCAACUCAAAGUGCCAGGGUCUCUGUGAUUUUCAGAAUGUUGGCUGCAAAUGCACCAUAUAUUUCUUAAGAAAAACAGAGAAGACAAGACCAGUGGAAAUUGAAUUCUCAUCAUCUUCACUGUCAAUAAACAUUUAUUGCAGACUUCCUAUGUUCUGUAAACAUUACCCACAUAGGAGCCAUUUCAGUGCACAUUGUCUCUCUUCUUUGAGAGAUUUAUGGCCUCCCGGAAGGUAUAUCACAGACCCAUAGAUCUACAAUAGAUGAGUAUUUUUAUUAUUUGUAUUUAGUGUCACCAUAGCAUAAAUGUGCACAUUAUCAGUAUAGACUUUUGGAGUUCACUGAUUGUUUUCAUACAUGACACAUGUUGGGGGAAAAUAGUAUAUCAUGUGAAAGCUUUGAAUUAUGGUUAUUUAAAAACUAAUGUAUUUGCUGAGGCCAAAAUGUUUACAAUAAGCAAAUAAAAUGAAACAACCCAUUAUA